AUGUAUAACGCCAGGAUUAGCCACAUCCAACAACGUCGAAGAUACGGAUACUUUGGCGAAGACACAAUCGGCUAUGGGCAUCCAGAACUCAAAAUGCCAGCCGUCAAUGUCGACAGUACAAGUUUUUUCGCAAGUCUUGGAGAAACAAGAGAGGAAAGGGCGGAAGUAUUCGAAAGGAUGGCACAUGAAAGGAUUGUGUAUAGGCGGGACCUCUUCAAAGCCCUGCAAACGGCCUUAAGAGAUAUUCGCGCAUACGAAUAUGACGUCGAAAACAAUAAAUGGAGGCUUUAUGAUAAAAAAAAACGCGCAAGGCCGAAUGAUGACUGCUUGACUGUUCGUCCAUAA